AUGUGUAUGCGGCUACGUAUCAAUGGCAAUGUCAUCACUCUCGUAUCUCUGGUGUUCUCGUCGGUGCACGGUGGUACCGCCGCGCAGCAUGAUACCGGGCCGUCCCCCAACCCCCUGGCAAGUAGCCACCGCUUGAGCCCCGCUGCAGCACUCGUCUUCGUCCUUUUGGUGCUAUUCUUCUUGGCCAUUGGCUUCUCCUCCGUCUACAUCCGCUGGUGCUCCAACUCGCCGCAGCCGCCCCUGCCCGCUGCAGCCAUAGUCGCUCUGGCUCCCCGCUUCUCCUCUGCCGCUGGCGCGGCCCUUCUCCUCCCCUCUCGGCGUCCCGGCCUCGACCCGCACUUGCUGGAGGUGCUCCCGACGUUCGCCUACGGAGAGGCGAAGGGCAGGGAGGAUUGGAUCGGAGGAGCGGAAUGCGCGGUUUGUCUGAGCGAGUUCGAUGAGCCGGACACGCUCCGCCUGCUGCCGUGGUGCGGUCAUGCAUUCCACGUCCAGUGCAUCGACAAGUGGUUGGCGAAACACGUCGAGUGCCCCGUCUGCCGGAGCACCGUCGCGAUCGAGUGA